CUCAGCGCCCUGCGCGGGUCAGUGGGCGGGUCGCGGCGCCCGCGCCUCCAGCAGUCAGCCGCCAGCUGUCCGCUGAGGCCCCGACAGCCGUGUCUGCAGCAUGGAGCAGCCGCCGCGCGCCGUGCCAUGCAGUUCUCUGUAUAAGCCAGUGAAAUUCUGCACUGCAUUUGUCAUCUUGACGGGGCUAGGACUUCUCCUUGUAUAUGGUCUGAUGCAAUUAACAGCGCUUUCGGCGCCGUCGCCGCUGCAGAGGGCCCCACCGGCAAUGGCGAGGACGAGCAGCGGCCCAGUGGAGGGCCUCGCGCAGACCUCCGCCUCGGGCCGGCGCUUCUACAGCUUCGAGGGCCUGCCGUACGCGCAGCCGCCGCUGGGGCCGCUACGCUUCAAGGAUCCGCAGAUCCCGCCUCCUAAGUGGGAGAACACAUUCGCCGCAAAGAGCCCACGUGAGAUCUGUCUGGUCGUCGAAAGAGGAGCUGCGAGGGGAUACGUGGGAGCCGAAGACUGCCUCUAUCUAAACGUCUAUACUCCACAGCUGGAGGGCGACGCGCCGGUCAUGGUGUGGCUGGGUGACGGCAGCUUCGUGUUCCGCGACCCCGUCCCGCGCAGGCCCCGGCUAGGUCGGCUCGUGGACAAGGGCCUAGUCGUCGUCACCGUGGAGUACCGGCGCGGAGUCCUGGGUUUCCUGGGCACUCACGACUCUGGGAAUUACGGCCUGAAGGACCAGGUGGCGGCUCUGCGCUGGGUGCGGGACAACAUAGCGGCCUUCGGCGGAGACCCCGCCAGGGUCACGUUGUUCGGUGUCGGCGCAGGAGCGGCAUCGGUCGGCUUCCACAUGCUGUCUCCGCUUUCCGAAGGCUUGUUUAGCAGAGCCAUCGCCAUGGGCGGAUCUCCGCUGAACCCUUGGGCCUUCAACCACUCUCCCCGGCAUUCCGCUAUGAUCUUCAGCGAGGCUUUACCCAUUGACAGCUCCUGGAAUUACAGCCACGUGGCCGAGGAUUUGCGGACCCUCCCAGUGGGCGAUGUGGUCGCUAGACUGCCAGAGGCUUACCAGGAAUGGUACCCAGAUGUGAUCCAACUGUUUGUGCCAAGCAUCGAACCAGCAUCCUCGGGAGCCUUCAUGAUGGACACGCCAUGGUCGGUGCUGGAACACGGUCUCCCUAACGCUGUGCCCUUCCUCACAGGCAGCACAUCAGCUGAGGGGAAGCAGCUACUGAAAGUGGCCAGGCUGGCUGCACUGCAAGACAACUUCCCUCAGCUCGUGCACCCCGCGCUACGCCGCGCCUCCGAGACCACCUGGCUGCGCGCCGCACCGCUGGUGCGCUCCUUCUACUUCGGCGACGACUCCAUCGGCAGCGCCGCUACCGAGGACGUACUCAACCUGUUAACAGACAUGUUCUACCUGGAAGGUAUCGACCGCAUGGCUAGGAGUGUAGCGGCGCUGUCACCGUACCCUGUAUACUACUACCACUACAGGCACGAGCGCAACAACACCAAAGAUGACACUGGACUUUCAGGUGCCAUGCACGGUGAAGACGCGCACGCCAUCCUGUACUCUCCGGAAGAUGACCGAGAAUCAGAUCCAGAUUCUGAGGAGGAGAUAAACGACGUCUGGCUGUCGAUGCUGACAGAUUUCGCAAAGACUGGGGAGCCCUCGGCGACUGUGGGCGUGGCGUGGCCGCCGCACACGGACGAUGACCCGGCCUACCUGGAGGUGGGCCGCGAGUUGCGGGCUCGCAGGGACCUGCUGCCCGCCAGGAUGGACUUCUGGAGGAGCGUCCUGCCCAGGCCCGCGCCACCUGAGCUCUGAACGUGAAGCAGUCCUGCGACAAGCGUUCUCUGCGAUAUUUAUUUAUUAAUUUAUAUGUUGUACAGUGCUUUGUAAAUCAACCCGUCACUCUUAUCGAUUUAAUAAAUUGGUUCCAUACUGCCAA